GCCCCCUCAACUUUUGCUGAUUCGCUCCGAAAAUUUCUUCUUUUCGGCCCAAAGUGAAACUCCAAGGAGCGUUCCUGAUGGCUGUUCCUGAAUGCGGAGUCACCAAAUUUCCUAAUUAGGCCAUCAACUCCAGUCAGGUUAUUCGUCGGCACUUGCUUUUUGUUUCUUACUCGUGAAGUGACAUUGUGGUGUAGUUUUUUUUUCUUCCUUUUAAUUUUUUUUUUUUAGUCUUAUUUCUGGACCCUAAUUAUAACGCACCUUGGAAUGAUGGCGGAAGAGCCACAAGUCCUUUCCAUCCAGCAACGGAUCGCUGCCUUGAACCAAGCGCGGGCUGAACAAAGCCCCCAGGGUACCGCAUCACCGUUACAAGGGGCGCAACCAACUCCUUUUGCAUCGCGUCCACUUCCAUCGCGACAGCAAACGAUCGAUAAUCCCCCAAUUAACUCCCAUGGCUUUGCUUGUAACCGUUCUCCCGAUGGAAAUCAGCAGAAACCGGUGCUAAGGCCACCACCUCCAACGCCUGGCCAGAUUUCGAAGGCCCCUCCACCGUUGCCGAUACGAAAGGUAUCAACCGAAUCAGCGCCAACGCUACCACCCCGAAGACCGUCCGGUUUCUCUCGCAAGGAAUCCAAGGAGUCCCUAGCCUCGGAUGUAUCCUAUUCAACAUCUACAAGCGCAGGAAGGGCUACAAUAGCAUCGACCGCUUCUAAUGACUCUGGAACCAUCCGCAGCGUACGUGCGCCUGCCUGGGGGGAUGCUAAAUUGCCUCCUUUGCCACCGAAAAGACAAGAGACGAAGACCGUUCAGCCGCCCCCACGGCCACGACCAUCCCCCGCGAAUAGCAGCAGGAGCCGCUCCCAGGCUCGUCCCUCGCUACCACCACGGCGCGAGUCUACCAAUAGCACUUCAACAGAUAGAAGCCGCUCUACAUCUCGACCUCCACCGCUACCAUCUAGGGUCAAUAGGGACAAGUCACUUGAGCCAAGCGCAGAAGUCAAUGGCAAGCAAUCGGCGAGAAGGCUGCCUCCGCUGCCCCCUUCAAGUGCUGUUUUGGAGAGGAUUCAGAAUUCAGGGCUUGGAGCAAUAAACCGGAACCCCGAGGACUCAGGACCACCUACAAACAAUGGCGUGCAAGAGGCGAAACCAAACGGUGUGCCGCCACCUAUUCCCCUUGCGACUCGCCCGGAUCUCGAUCUCUCUAAGCUUCAGGCAACUAAACCUCGCCUUUGUAAAUCCACCCAUCCAGCUACAACACCGAGCACAACGUGCUUGAAGUGCCGCGAUUUCUCGGCGCCCGAUGCACAUGCAGCGCGAUAUCCCCGCGAAUCUCUGCCGUCUUACGAUCUGGCAUGGCUGGCAAGAGAACUAACCGCGCCAUUUCCCUCCCUCACCGAUAAAGCAAGAGUAUUGUUCACUUGGCUUCAUCAUAACAUAGAAUACGAUGUUUAUUCGUUCUUCAACAAAUGUGUAAAGCCUUCCACACCAGCUGGAACACUUGCAUCGGGACUGGCGGUGUGUGAAGGGUACGCUAGCUUAUUUGCGACUCUCGCAGCCCACGCAGGGCUUGAAGCGGUAGUGGUAGGUGGUCACGGGAAGGGCUACGGUUAUGAAGCGCCAGCUCCAGGCUCCCCUGUGCCGCCAGCCUCACCAACCGGGCAUGCCUGGAACGCAGUGAGAAUCGACAAUGGCCACUGGAAGCUGUUGGACGCAUGCUGGGGUGCUGGCGCAGUCCAGGGCCCAGGGCGCCCUUACCAGAAGCAUUUUACCCCUGCGAUGUUCACGGACACAAAUGACGAGUUCGGUCUUCGACAUUUCCCCUCUGACCGAUCUCAUUUCUACCGGGAUGAUGGCCGGCCCGAGAUUAGUUGGGAGGAGUACAUCCUGGGCAACCCAAACUCGCCGCUGAGCGCCGAACAGCCAACUGUAUUUGGAGAUGCGAAAAAUCAUAGCAUAGGCGAACGUUCGUUCCGUCCGGCAGCCAAGCAAAUCGCCAUUCAUCAGCCAAGCCCGCUCCGUUUCCAGUUCAGUCUCAUCUGUGAACAUUGGACCCUGGAACAUCACACCCGAGCCAAGCCUGGGCUUUUCUUGCUGAUGGUUCACGGAGUCGAUGGUCGGCAAGAUGACCGUAUACCCUUUACCCAUGUCCGGGGCUCCGGUCCGGGGGGAGGUGGAGACUUCUGGUAUGUUGACAUACCGAGUGCCAAGGCAUUGGGCGCUCCCGGCCAGAAGCUGGCCAUCGCCGUACUUACCAGCUUCGGGGAUCGCAAUGAUGCACGGGGCGUAACUGCGGAAGAAUAUCGGCAACAAGUCGGUCGGGUAGGCAUGGCGUGGGCUUACAUUGCGGAGUGGGAGCUGGUGUGAUUUAGCGUAGAGCCCCAACGGCCUCACGGAGGCUGGAUUUAAGCGUCUCUUGGCUUCUCGCAGAGCGACUCUUGCUAUUGGUUACGGAUUUCCCUAAUACCCGAUUUUCCGUCGCUUGAAGUUUCCUCCACUAUUGCAUAUAACAUGAAUCACGAUGUUUUUACGCAUAGGAUACACUAAUGAUAACGAAUGUCUCUUUUCCGUAGUUCCGAGUGAUCAUGAGCCCAAGCAGAGAAUUUGCUAUCACUCCAUAGCAAGAUGUUGGAAUCUGUACCCCCCACCCCCGCCGGAUCACUAAGCACCAUCACAAUUGUGGCCUUAACUAAAUCAGUGACCAGAGCCUCGACGUGGAGUAAAACCCCGUG